UCGCCUCAAGUUGGUCGGGCUGGAGGGCGGAGAGGAAGGGAGAGCCAUGGAGAAGAGCCGGCGGCCCGUGGUGGUGACGGGGUUUGGCCCGUUUGGGGAACAUUCCGUCAACGCCAGCUGGAUAGCGGUUCAGGAACUGGAGAAAAUGGGCCUCCGGGAAGAUGUGGACCUGCAUGUCUAUGAAAUCCCCGUGGAGUACCAGGCCGUGCAGAGACUCAUUCCUGCCCUGUGGGAGAAGCACAGUCCGCAGGUACCUCUGCGAUUUCACCUACUACACGUCCCUCUACCAGAGCCACGGCCGGUCGGCCUUUGUGCACGUGCCCCCGCUGGGCAAACCUUACAGCGCCGAGCAGCUGGGCCGGGCGCUGCGGGCCAUCAUCGAGGAGAUGCUCAACGUGCUGGAGCUCUCCGAGAGCAGCAUCAACUGCCACAACGAGCACUGAGCCCGGGCGCGCCCCGUCGCCCCUGCUGUUGCACUUCCCCGGCGGCUGCGGAGGAGCCGCCCCCGCGCAGAGGGCCGAGGCCGGGAGAAGAACCGGCUCCGGCCCGCCUUCCUCGCCCUCCCCGCUGCAAAGGCCCCUCCCGGCUCCGUCGUGCCACUGAGGCCCCCACCCCGCUUGGGCCCCGGAGGAGCCACCUGGGCAGCGGGGAGGAGGUGGCCCCGGCAGGGUGAUUUGACCCCCCUGCUAGCUCUGACGCGGGGGGGGGGUCUGGUUGCCAGUGGAGCGCCGCAGGUGUCCCCCGUCGCCGUGCAGCUCAAAGCAGCAGGUGACAUGUCUGUCUCGCCAUGGGGCUGGCGGUGCUCCCCCUUCGCGCAGGGAGGACGGAGCCGCCCCCAAAGGGGUUCGUAGCGCGCCCUGUCGGGGGCCACCCCGUGCAGCUCGCCUCAAGGGGCCGAUCUGUUCUUGUUACGGCGAACUCCCCUCCUCCUCUCGCCACUCCACACCAAAUACCUGGGUGGCAUUUUUUUAAAAAAUGGCAUUUUUUUUAAAAAGAAAAACUCACCUUGACUACUGCCUUUUCCGAAUUUGGCAACCGAGUACCUUGGCGCCUGCAACGCACAGCUUCUGUUCUGUUUUGAGACUCUUCCAAGAAGCUGGAGGAACCUGCCCCGCGACCCCAGGAGCAGGGGGUCUCUCCCUCUCCCUCUCUCCCCGCCCCUCUCUGCUCUGCUCAUUGCACACUUCAGCCCCCUUUCCCAGUGCCUCAAGCUACAUGUUGCUCACUCGCCCCUUCGUACCUUAGAAAAAGACGAGAGGCUUUCUCUGGAAACCUUUUUUCGGCUCUGCUAGCAGGAGAGAUUCCGUGGAUUUAGGGCAGGGCAAAGGUGUGUUCAGACCCUUCUCUCCCUGGCCGAACCUCCUUCAACUGGACCGCUGGGGCAGGGGGCACCCUGCCCCGCAUCCAGCCCAGGUGCUUCUCUGGAGUUCUUCCGGGUGCUGUCAUCCUCGGUGACACGUGCAGAGCAGGUGCCCUUGGCCACCUCGGCCGAACGAAAUGCCGCACUUUGGAAGCCAGGUGGACUGGGUCGUGCCAGCGGGUCACAAGCAGAGGGUUGGUCUCAGUCUGUCUUUGAAACCGGCGGAGACUGAAUCUCACUCUAAAUGGAGUUCGGGACUGGUUAGCUGAUGAAGAACCGGGGAGCAGCCUCCCGUGGGGUGUGCAGCCAGCCGCAUUUGCUUCCCAGAACCGUGGACUCCAGCCAGGUGGCUUGCCAUCGAAAUGCAGCCGUCCACACAGGACGAAAGUCUUUGAGAGAAGUGCAGCCACACCGUGGAAAGAAACUUCUUGAGCGCUCGCUUGUCUUCCACUGGUCUCGCUAUUUGAAUUGUUCGUUCGGAGUUUUUUGACCUCGAAGCUAUGACUGGUUCUGCUCUUAUAGUAUCUCUCAGUGAGAGGCCCCCCCCCCCGCCCCCCAUGUCUGUUUGCAAAACCCGGGGAAUUUGGGUUGCAAGAGGGGGCUGCAAAGGGUUGCAAUGGGCCCAUGUAAUUUCUGGCCAGCCUUCCCGGGAAAAUGGCAGGCACGGUGUCUUUCGUGCUAGGAAAUUCCAAUUCUGAGCUCCCUUGGGUUGAUGACAUCUGCAAACUUUAUCUGUCCCCUUUAGUAAUUUAUUUUAUUUAACGUUUUUGUCCUGGCACAGACGGCUUCUGCACUCUUCUCUUUUUCAGCCAAGGUGGGGAUGGCAUAUUUUUUUCGUCCUCCAAGCCGUUUGUUGGUGGACUGCAUCACAAGGAUGUUCUUGAACCUUGUUUAUUUUUUAAUAAUUCCUCGGGGGAGUCUCGCUUUUUAUUCUGUCGUAGCAAAAGAGCAGGUCUUGUGGCACCUUAAAAACUUAACAAAUUUAUUCCAGCCCACUUCAUCAGAUGCCUGGAAUACUGGGGAGGGUGGCAGGUGGUUAAUAAGUUCUAACGUCUUGAUUUAAAAAAAAAUAACAAUGUUCACCCAUGAAGUAGCAGUGCCAGGACUGGCAGAGUCAGCACGAAGCUCCUUUUGUGAGCGGGAGUUGCUCUGGGGGAAUUAAUCCCUCCGGCAACAAUACCUUAUUCUCGCAAUGCAAGGAGUCAUUUUCCUGGGACCCACGGCUGCUCCUGGCAGAUGGAGAGUUGUCAAACUGCUUUCUUGUUACGGGUGGGCAAAGCAGGCUGAACUUUUGGGCUCUUCAAGGAUGCAUCUCUGAGCAUAAAACAGGUUCUCUGGGUGCCUGCGGUGCAUCGCAAAGAAGACGACAGCCCCUUGCAAACUGAAACGUAUUUUCCAAAGGGUUUGCCUAAGCAUCGGGGACUCCUCCUCGCCAGUUCCCCCCCAGUGAGUGCGGGUUUGGCAUGCAAACUGGAAACACUUCCUACUCCCUGCAUCGGAUGCAGCACACCACGGUCUCCAGAAGCCCCUGCCAGGAUACCGCAUGCGUGUAUAGGGAGUUGCAGGCCAUUGCCUCCUGCCUAGGGUUGCAGGUUAAAUGUGUUAACUUUUACGGUGCCAGAAGGCAGGUGCCACAUGGAGCACCUCCGAAGCUCUGCUCAGGAUGGCUGGCAGGGGAACAGGUGGUGGGGCUUGUGCCCCCGGAUGCUUUGCACGUGAGUGCCAACUUCCGUGCUGGGAGGAUCAACACCGUGGAGCCGGUCGGGGUUUGGUUGUCCCACUGCAGUCCCCUAAAAUAAAUAGGGUAGGCCAGGUUAGGGUUGUCGAGGCUCGGGUGAAUGCUGGGGUGCGGGGAUGAGAAUUCCCACGUUUUCUGCAAACCUCGGAGGGAACUCUUCGAGUUCUGAGUUGCUCGCACCUAGCUCUGCAAAACCUCUUCUGCAUCUUUUUAAAGACACCCCUGCAAGGCUGUGCAGGUGCAGUUGGCUUUCCCAGUGCUUCCUCCCCUUUGGUUCCCCGUUUUAAAAUCGACAUUUUCUUGGCGGUCAUCCUAUCUUGCGAGGGGGUGGGGGCCCUUAAAACUGAGCUGGACAAAUGGGCAGUGCUGUCCUGGUGGGGUGGGGGGCUGCCAAGGCUGAUUCCCACAGUUCCUGCCGCCACAGCCAGUGCUUUGACUCGAUCCCUGAAGGAAAAGGGCCGGUGGGGCCCCCCAACAGUGCAAUACAAGUGGCCUUCCCCAGCCCGGUGCCCUGCAGCUCCCAGCAUUCCCUGCCAGGGGCGUGCUGACGGGGGCCUCUGGGCAGGCCUUCCGGAAAGUACGGAGUUGGAGAUGUUCCUCAUUUAUUUUUUUUCCAGCACUCUGAAUUGAUUGCAAUCUGUUUUUAGUAUGUUUAACUGACUUAUAUAUAUAUUUAGUAAACAAAAUUUUAAAGUA